AUGCGUUUUCUCCGUCGAUUCUCGCUUCAAAGCAGAAGCUACAGAAAGCGAUACGUAAAGGACUACGAUUUUAUGGAGACGGUUCCGGCGGUCGAGGCGAAUUUGAAAGAACACGGCUUCAGAAACAUUGGCGGACACUUCGUCGAUGCUUCCAAAAUAACGAACAUGCUCAUGCUCUCCGCUGAUCGAGCACAUUAUGCGUAUGUUCUGCCAUUUCAACCCACUCCUAUGCAGAAGUUGCUCGCAAGUUCGAGUAGCGAAGAGCUGUUGAACACGAUCAUGGUUGAGUACAACCAACUAUCAGACGAUGACAGAAGUGAAGUGAUAAAAUAUCUUGGCUUUGGGUCGAAUCAGAAUCUUCCCACGACGCAUCCAGCUGUUGCUAGGACCUUCAUCGACGUUGCCAAUUUACUUCCAAAUGUUGAUCCAACUGUUCUUCUCCCACUACUCAAGAGAGCCUCUGCUAUGGAAUUCGAUUCUUCUUCGAACUGUAUCAAACAGAUCACGACUUCCAUCGAGUACAAUAUCAACGAGCUGGGGUUGAUAGACUGCGCCCUGCUUCACGACACAUUGAACAAGAAAUACUCCUCAAUGUAUUCGAAUUCCAGCACCGAAGCGUUGCUCAAAGCACGAGGGAAAGUUCUCUUCUCUCAAAUGGAAAUUCAAAACUACCACGGGCAGGAUAACUUCGAUCUAGAUGACGUGAGAAUAGUUUGUCUACUGAUGGAGCUUCUCGAUUACCCUGCUCAAACGAGUCUACUCUCAACACUGGAAGGAGCUCUUUAUAAUUCGGCAAUGGAUCGAGGCGAUUCGGAAAUAAUGGCACUGAUCGAAUGCGUUUUAGUCGGCGAAGUUUUACUUAAAGAUGCGGAGCGAAACAAGCGCAGUAAAUCAUUAUCCAAAUACAGUAAACACUUCCAAACUUGCGAGAUAGCUGCUCUAGUCUCUGCUGUAACGGGUUGUCAUUACUUUUCAACAGAUGUGACUGUUCCAGAAAUAUCAGCUCGAGUGGAAUCUCUUACCCUUGGCCUUUCGAAUCUUAUCUCGUCUUCAGGAGAUGUGGAACUGCUGACAGAAUAUGAAGAAAGAAUGGAAAUCUAUACCGACAAAUUAGAAUCUCUCGAUGUCCGAAAUUUAGGUGGAAUCUACGCUCUUCUGAACAACCAAGACAUCCAGCAAAUGUAUCGAAUAAAAGACGCGAGUUAUUCUGACAGAGCGCCUGUUAAAUUAUCUUCUGCUUUAUUGCCAAGCCUGUAA